AUGGCGAAUUUUAAUAGCGCUGCAGUUGACAUCGAUAUAUUGGAGAAGGAAAUCGCCGCAAAAGAACAUGCUCAUCGAAAUCCUCCGGCUGAGCUUUCUGGGAAUAUCGAUGGGAUGGGAGGUCCGUCGAGAGCACGCCCCAUGCAGGAUGUGAGCUUAGAUGGGGAUCUAGACACACUUGACGAGCCUGUGUGGGACACUGUCAGCAAAGAAUGGCAAAUCCCUUAG